GGCGCUUGCGGCGGCUCCGGGCGGAGACAAUCGCGCUGAGCGGGCGCCGCAGCCGGAGCGGGAGCCGGAGCUGCGAGGCGCGGCGCAGAGCUGGGGCUGCGCCGGGCCGGGCGAGCGGGACCAGGCGGGAGCCAUGGACCGCUAGGGCCCGGCCUAGCCCCGCGAUGCCGCCGGCUAGUGGCCCCAGCGUCCUCGCGCGGCUGUUGCCGCUGCUGGGGCUGCUGCUCGGCAGCGCCUCCAGGGCUCCCGGCAAGUCGCAGCCGGAGCCCCCCAGCCCGCAGGAGAUCCUGAUCAAGGUGCAGGUGUAUGUGAGCGGAGAGCUGGUGCCCCUGGCCCGGGCCUCAGUGGAUGUGUUUGGGAACCGGACUCUGCUGGCAGCUGGUACCACAGACUCAGAGGGUGUGGCCACCCUGCCCCUCAGUUAUCGCUUGGGCACCUGGGUGCUGGUCACUGCUGCCCGCCCUGGCUUCCUCACCAACUCUGUGCCCUGGCGUGUUGACAAGCUGCCCUUGUAUGCAUCUGUCAGUCUCUACCUGCUCCCUGAGCGGCCGGCCACGCUCAUCCUCUAUGAGGACCUGGUGCACAUUCUCCUAGGCUCUCCCGGUGCCCGCUCCCAGCCCUUGGUGCAGUUCCAGCGCCGGGCUGCCCGCCUGCCUGUCAGCUCCACCUACAGCCAGCUCUGGGCGUCACUCACGCCUGCCAGCACCCAGCAGGAAAUGCGGGCUUUCCCUGCCUUCCUGGGCACUGAGGCCUCCAGCUCAGGCAAUGGCUCCUGGCUGGAGCUGAUGCCCCUGGCUGCUGUGAGCGUACACCUGCUGACAGGUAAUGGGACAGAGGUGCCACUCUCAGGCCCCAUUCACCUGUCCCUGCCCGUGCCCUCCGAGACUCGUGCCCUCACCGUGGGCACCAGCAUUCCAGCCUGGAGAUUCGACCCCAAGAGUGGGCUGUGGGUGCGCAAUGGCACUGGUAUAAUCCGGAAGGAAGGCCGGCAGCUCUACUGGACCUUCGUCUCCCCUCAGCUGGGGUACUGGGUCGCCGCCAUGGCCUCCCCCACGGCUGGGCUGGUCACCAUCACGUCGGGCAUCCAGGACAUCGGCACCUACCACACCAUCUUCUUGCUCACCAUCCUGGCAGCCCUUGCCCUGCUGGUGCUCAUCCUGCUGUGUCUGCUCAUCUACUACUGUCGGAGGCGCUGCCUGAAGCCGAGGCAACAGCACCGCAAGCUGCAGCUCUCGGGGCCCUCUGACGGUAACAAACGAGACCAGGCCACCUCGAUGUCCCAGCUCCACCUCAUCUGUGGGGGACCCCUGGAACCCGCCCCGUCGGGGGACCCCGAGGCUCCGCCUCCAGGCCCCCUCCACUCGGCCUUCUCCAGCUCCCGGGACUUGGCCUCCUCCCGGGACGACUUCUUCCGCACCAAGCCGCGCUCGGCCAGCCGCCCGGCCGCCGAGCCUUCGGGUGCCCGCGGGGGCGAAAGCGCCGGGCUCAAGGGCGCGCGUUCGGCCGAGGGCCCCGGCGGGCUGGAGCCCGGCCUAGAGGAGUACCGGCGCGGGCCCUCCGGGGCUGCGGCUUUCCUGCACGAGCCGCCCUCGCCGCCGCCGCCCUUCGACCACUACCUGGGCCACAAGGGGGCGGCCGAGAGCAAGACCCCCGACUUCCUGCUGUCGCAGUCGGUGGACCAGCUGGCGCGGCCGCCGUCGCUGGGCCAGGCGGGGCAGCUCAUCUUCUGCGGCUCCAUCGACCACCUCAAGGACAACGUCUACCGCAACGUCAUGCCCACCCUGGUGAUCCCCGCGCACUACGUGCGCCUCGGCGGCGAGGCUGGCGCCGCGGGCGUGGGCGACGAGCCGGCCCCGCCCGAGGGCACGGCACCCGGCCCAGCGCGCGCUUUUCCGCAGCCCGACCCCCAGCGCCCGCAGAUGCAGGGCCACUCAGGCCCGGGGGGCGAGGGCGGCGGGGGCGGCGGAGGCUGGGGGGCCGGGCGCGCGGCGCCCGUCAGUGGCUCGGUCACCAUCCCUGUGCUGUUCAACGAGUCCACCAUGGCGCAGCUCAACGGGGAGCUGCAGGCCCUGACCGAGAAGAAGCUACUGGAACUGGGCGUGAAGCCGCACCCGCGCGCCUGGUUCGUGUCCCUCGACGGGCGCUCCAACUCGCAAGUGCGCCACUCUUACAUCGACCUGCAGGCGGGCGGCGGGGCCCGCAGCACCGACGCCAGCCUGGACUCGGGCGUCGAUGUGCACGAGGCGCGGCCCGCGCGCCGCCGGCCCGCGAGGGAGGAGCGGGAGCGCGCCCCGCCUGCCGCGCCGCCGCCGCCGCCCGCGCCCCCGCGUCUGGCGCUCAGCGAGGACACGGAGCCCAGCAGCAGCGAGAGCCGCACGGGUCUCUGCUCUCCAGAGGACAACUCGCUGACGCCGCUGCUGGACGAGGUGGCGGCGCCCGAGGGCCGGGCGGCCACGGUACCCCGGGGGCGGGGCCGCAGCCGCGGGGACAGCUCCCGCAGCAGCGCCAGCGAGCUGCGGCGCGACUCGCUCACCAGCCCGGAGGACGAGCUGGGGACGGAGGUGGGCGACGAGGCCGGCGACAAGAAGAGCCCGUGGCAGCGGCGGGAGGAGCGGCCGCUGAUGGUGUUCAACGUCAAGUAGCGCCGGCGCCGGGCCUGGCACCGCCCCUCCCGCGCGAGCCCGCACCCAGGGUGCGCGCCCCCGGGGCCUGCGGGGGCCCUCGCGCGUAGCCCCCAGGCCCAGGCUGGAGAGGGGCCCAGGGGCUUUGGAGCCGUUCCGUGGUAGGUGCUGGGUUGUGUCUUGCAAGGGACCCUGUGUCUGCCUCCAAGCCGGGGAGGAGGGGGGGGUCCAGCCCCCAAGGGGAGGUGCCGGGGAGGAGGGCUGGGGGGAAGCAGUGCCUGUGUAGACGUGGCUGUACAUAGAAAGCUCUAUUGUGGGAAAGCAGGAGGGGUGACCCAGCCUCAGCUGCUAGUGUGAGGGCUGGGAAGGGAGGGGGCGUUCUCUCUGGACCCCUGGGAGGGGAGGGGGUGCUGCUUGCUGACUAGCCCAUCUCUGGGCUACGAUGUCACAGGGCUGGUGGCUGGGACAGCUCUGGGGACUAGGGGGUAAUGUGAUACAGCCGAUGUGGGCAGCAGCAAAUACAAAACUGGUGAGGUUAA